UAAAUAAAUGUGAAGUUCAUUUGAAAAACAAUCGUCUACUUAAAAGGAAGGAUUUUCAAGAUUUGAGCAUUCAAAAUGUAUUCUUCUAAUACUCAACCUGGAUAUCCUCAAUAUCCUCCCACUCAUCAGCAAUAUCCUCCUCAUUCUCAACAUUAUCCUCCUGCUAAUCAACCAAAUCAAUACAAUCAGCAACCAUACAAUCCAACUUAUUACAAUCAAGCUCCUAACUAUCCACCUCCGUAUUCUCAACCAGCUUAUAGUCCAGUUGUUCAGCAACAACCUGGUUCACAUCAACUACCUCCUGCAGCUGCUGCUGAUGGCUGGAUGUCAAUUCCAGCAAGUGUUCCACAAAAUUGUCCCAAUGGACUCCAAUAUCUAACAACAAUUAAUCAAUUACUUGUAAAACAAAAAGUGGAAUUAGUUGAAGCUUUAUUAGGCUUUGAAACAAAUAACAAAUUUACUAUCAAAAAUAGUUCUGGACAAAAAGUAUUCUAUGCUGUUGAGGACAAUGAUUGUCUUACAAGAAACUGUUGUGGACCUCUGAGACCAUUUGAAAUGAAAAUAUUGGAUAAUUAUAAAAAUGAAGUUAUACAUUUAUCAAGACCUUUGGCUUGUCAAUCAUGCUGUUUCCCUUGUUGUAUGCAGAAAAUGGAAGUAUUUUCUCCUCCAGGGUGUUUAGUUGGAACUGUUGAACAAGAUUGGUCCCUUCUUACACCAAUUUUUACCAUUCGAAAUGGUGCUAAUGAAGCAGUUUUGAAAAUUGAAGGGCCAAUUUGCAGAUUUUCUAUGUGUGGUGAUGUGGAGUUCAAAAUUUUAUCAAAAGAUAUGACUACUGUAGUUGGUCGUAUAUCAAAACAAUGGUCAGGAUUAUUGAGAGAGGCAUUUACAGAUGCUGAUUAUUUUGGAAUCACUUUUCCUAUAGAUCUUGAUGUCCGUAUGAAAGCUGUUAUGCUUGGAGCUUGCUUUUUAAUUGAUGUAAUGUUUUACGAGAAAAGAGGAAAUAAUGAAAGUGAUGGACUUGGAAUGUGCUAGUUUAUGAAAAACAUACUUCAGUAUUUAGCUUUUACAUAGAGUAAAAAUGAAAUUAUAAUUGCUUUAGUGCUUAAAAUUUCAUUGAAAAGCUUAUUACUAAUUUUAAUAAAUAUGAGUUAUAUUUUUUUACAUUACUUGCAAACUCUAUUUAAUUUUUAUUUUCAUUGUUUUUUUAAACAAUAAUAUAUUUGACUAUUUUUUAACAAACUAUAUUUAAUUAAAACUACUUCACAAUCAAAAAUUAUUUAUACAUAUAUAAUCUUAUAUUUGC